UAAUCAUUUUCUCUGUGUGCUUUUCCAUAACUUGUAAUGUUAAAUGACUGCUGUUUGGAAUCAGAGUCCUUCGUUUGGUGAUUUUUGCGCAAUGAUAAACAGCAGCUGUAGAAGCAGGGCUGUGAAGGCGACAAGAUAAAAAAUACUCCAAAAGUGAGCCACUUCAGUCCUAUUUCUUGAGCAAGUUCGAAGCUCUUUGUAAAUAAAUAUAAGAUUCAGCUGUAGAUGUGAAUUUUCUUUUAAAUGAUCUUGCUUGUUAAUGUGGGUGCCAUAGUCCACGCUACAUUUAGUAAAACCUUAGAUUUCUCCACGACUCCGAUUUUUUUCUUUAAUUAACCAUGCAGACAGCACAUCAAUAUUGGGCCCAAUGCGCUGUUCAUACAAGUUUCACAUAUCGUUUCUACUGGUCAUAUUGGCGAUUUGUAGCAAAUCUUUCAUCGGUUUUCUGUCUACUUGAAAUGCAAGUUCGUUGGUAUCGUUUGCAAUUACUGUGACACAGAAAUGCACUGUCUGUUCACCUUCUGUUUGAAGUUAUAAUGUCUACCCACACAGUCUCAGGCUGUCACGGCACCGCACACGAUUCUGUGUGUGACCUGCGUUUGACCCCAGGCCACAGUGAAUGAGUAGUCAUGAUAUUGUCGUUGUACGUCCGGGAAAUUUCUUGUUUACAAGCUGACGAUAUUUCCAGUUAUGUUUGGGAAGUUUCUUGUAAGAUUAAGUCAUGCUAAAUUGUCUAUUUUAAGAAACGUACGUAAUGAGAAGGUGUUACAUGCGCCUUAGAAGAAGAGCAUAUUUUCCAGUCCUUGCGUGCAUAACAUUCCUUUGGCUUAGCAUUGUGACACGUUCUCUUAUAAACGUGGGUGUGUCGGUGCAGAGCUGUACUUUCCACGAGGGGCGUAUCAUCUGCUGCCGCUCUCCAGCCUUCCACCGACCGUCAGCGGCUCGUGUGGCCCACGCCAAGGGGCCGUGAUACGGUCAAGACAAGCCAAGAUCAAGUCGCAUCAAGCCCGAGCUUCCGCUUGGAUUCUUGUGAGGCCCGCUCAAGACCGAGACCUGCCGCUCACCACGGUCUAUCAAGACCAUGAUGGUCAGCCUGGAUGACCACCAUCUCCCGCUUUGGACCCAAGACCAGCCGCUGCGGCCGUACCAGGCUCCCAUCGCAACGCCCCUCGAGGGGCCCUCCGGACAUUUCAGUUGGAUACUGGUAUCCCUUUUAUUAUUUCAGCGCAUUUAUGAUUGUAAUUUGUCCUUUGUAAAUAGAAUACUUUUGUUGAGUUUUCUGUUUUUCGAAAGAUCAAUUUAAUUUUGAUUAGGUUAACCUUUGUCUCCGCAGUCCUUCCUUCGUGAGUUCUGUCUUUUGAAAUUCCUGUGUUGAGGUAAUCACUGUUCAUGCUAAAAGAUAUCUGACUUCGUGACAGAAGGAAUUUCUGGAAGAAUUCGAGACUCGAAAAAACGAGAAAAACAGAGAGUCUACUGUACGUGGGCUGUGAGAAGUCUCCGACUUGUUGACUUCUGCACCAUUUCAACCUGUGGAGCGACACUUGUAAGAAACGUUUGUCCAGGCCAAGUGAAGUGAAGAGCUGAAUUUUAUUCCGGAAGAGACAGCUUGUGAAUUGAAUCUAGUGUCAUUUUGUGGGAUCUCCAAAUUCCCGUAUUUACGACGGUCACCACGCCCUCACCGUUUUGUCUCGAUCCCGGUUAUUCUUAUUCGACGUGGUCUUCGUCCCCGUUGCAGCUCAUUUUUGCACCGUCAAGGACAGAACUGUUUUUCGCCAUCUGUGGAGCCCAGCAUUCUUCACUGUAGUGCUUGCCAAGCUCUCACCCUCCCAGACAGACAGUUAUGAGUGUUGCGUCGCACGUGAAGCUACAUGAAUUUUUGGGUCCAAUUCGGGCGGUGUCCACAGCCAACUAAAGCAAACUUCAUAAUAAAGGGAACCAUUCAACGUCAAACAUGACCAAAGGCCUUAUAUUGGUGCGAGUCAUUCUCGCCCUCUGCACUGUGGUGGGGCCGAGUGCCGCUCAAAUCCAACCAGAGGUCACGGUGGAAGGUGGCAAACUGAUCGGUACCACCGAGUUCUUUGAGGAGUCGGAGUUCUUGGAGAACAAGACCAUCGACGUGUUCAAGGGUAUACCGUUCGCCCAGCCACCCGUGGGGCCGCUGCGUUUCAAGCCCCCGGUGACCAAAGAGCCCUGGGACGGGACCUACAACGCCACCUACUUCAGAGAUUCUUGUGUUCAAGCUGGAGUGCUGAGCGAUUUACUGCCAAAUGUCAGUGAAGACUGCUUGUAUCUGAACAUCUAUGCGCCAAGACCAGCAGUCGAAGGAGGCGCUGCCGUCAUGGUAUGGAUACACGGGGGUGGGUUCGUCGUAGGGUCCUCCGCACAGUACUAUGUGCAGCCAAUGGUCGCCUUUGGGGACGUCAUAGUCGUCAGUAUCAACUACCGAUUGAACGUCUUUGGAUUUAUGACAACAGGUGACGAGGUGGUACCGGGCAACGCAGGACUUCUUGACCAAGUAUUUGCCCUUGAUUGGAUCAAGAGAAACAUAGCAGCCUUUGGUGGGGACAGCGAACGGAUUACCAUCUUCGGUGAGAGUGCCGGGUCGGCCAGCGUCAGCUUCCUGGUUCUGUCACAGAUGUCGCGGGGGCUAUUCCAACAAGCCAUAAUGCAGAGUGGCACUGCGUUUUCGCCGUGGGCGUAUACGGGCGGGAAACGAGACCGGCUCCGACGGCAGGCCUUUGAUAUGGGGAAAAGACUCGGCUGCAGUGCACCGGACAGUCCCACUCUGGUGGAAUGUCUGAGACAGCAGGACGCGGUGGAUGUUUUUAACGCAUCACAACAGGUAGGGACCGCCAAUCCCGUGCCUCCGGUGGUAGUUGAUGGGACCUUCCUGGACGACACGCCCGCCAACCUGUACGCCACCGGGCGGUACAACCACGCCCCAAUUCUCCUCGGGACGACCAGAGACGAGGCAACUGUUUUUGUGUCAAGUAACCCAGCUUUUGGUCCAGGGGCGCAGGAGGAACCGCCCUACCUGACGAAGGAGGAUUUCGAUCGAGCACUGUCCGCAGAAGUAGCCAAUUAUUUUUACGGUAACUCGGAGGCCUCCAAUGCCCUACUCAUGGAUGCUAUCAAACAACAGUACGUCGACUGGUCCCAGGCCGACAACCAAACCGCUAAUUACCUCAAAUCGUACGUAGAGUAUCUCACCGAUUCCGCCUUUGUCAGCGGAACCGACCAGGUGGCGCGCUACCACGCCCAAAGCGGCGACGACGUCUUCAUGUACCAGAUGACACGGGUAAAUGACUUCAUGUGGAUUCCAUCGUGGAUGGGGGCGACCCACACAGCAGACCUCUGGUACGUGUUUGGCACGCCAUUUUCGCCCCCCUUUCGGCCAUACAUGGAUAAGUACCGCGACGACGUGGCGCUUUCUGUCAAGUUCAUGGAAUUCUGGACCACUUUUGCAAAGACUGGAAACCCCAGCCUCGAUAGUCAGAGCUCACCGUCUGAUCCUGACAUGGGUUUCUGGCCCAAGUUUACUAUCCCCCAGUUGAACUACAAAGAGCUCGACUUGAACCUCACGAACAAGAGAGCCCUCAAGAGCCAAGAAUGCCACUUCUGGAACAUCUUUUCAGUCCAGAUCAGGACCAUGCUGGCUGACCAGGAUACUGUCGAACUGGAAUGGAAAGACGCUUUCUACCGUUGGAAGUACACGGACAUGGAAGACUGGAAGAUGCAGUUCACCAAAUACAAAGAGGAACUGUAAAACUCCUCCUGCCUGAUAAUUCCUAGUAUAGAACCCCCCUACACAAAUUUGCCGAAUGAAUUGCUGCAUUUUAGCAAGUACAUGGGGCGUGAGCUUUUCAAAUGGAUAUUACACAAAACAGUGGCUUAAUAUAACUGCAUGUACUAUCUUGAUUUACUGUUUACCUUGGGUAAAGCCGCAGAAAUGGAACGAGGUUAAUGCUGAGUCAAUUCAGCUGAGUGAAUAUCCGAAUAUUUGACCUUCCAUCGCUCAAAUAUUCAGUUUUAUCAAAUUCCCAGAAAAGCAGAUGAAACAAAUAUUUAAAAGUGACGUUUUGGCUGCACUAUGUUGGCAAGCAUUCAGCUGCCUUAUGUUUACUCAGACAUCAUGAAAUAUACUUCUAGAGUCCAACUUUGAAACCUAGUAGUUAGAUUUUCCCCAUUUUUAUUUCAUUGGUGUUCAUUUUUGAGUAUUCCAUUUAAAAAAAUAACAUUUGAAUAUCAACGAAGGAUCGAAUAUCCAAAUAUUCGAAUAAUUGACACAGCCCUGUUUGAAAUAUGCAAUACUUAAUGUGAUAUUAUUUUUAUUUUAUACAGCGUAGUAGAAAUGGUAACAGUUUUGUAAAAAACGAUAUAGAUAUGAAAUGUAAUCAGUGCUGAGGUUUUCGUCUAUAUUUCAUAAACAAAAAAAUCAAAUCGAUUUAAUUUUUAACGUGAGGCUUGAAAACACAUAACCAAUUCCUGCCCUUCUCUAAUAACCCCCCCCCCCACAAAAAACGCGGUUACGCGCUCUAAGACGUGCAUGGUGUUGCCGGAUCAUGAACCUGCAUACAAUCCUAUUACAAAACUUACAAUAUAAACAAAAAAAUCCAGUCAAAAAUCUAGUCAAGUUUGUAAGUACAUUGCGUUCUUAUCUCCUUAUUCUGUAUAAUUUUCAAACCUUUUAUCUUUCGAUACGUCUUUUUCAAUUCUUUUUGGCGUUGUACGGUAUUUCAUUUACCAGAAGUUCCCUCUUGGCUAAAUAUUUUCUCUCUUGCGCUGUUAUUAUUGUUAUAAAUAUGUCGAUUUUUGAUAAUGUAAUUAUUUUCUCAGUGUCCAUUUCUAUUACUUGUAAUCUUAAAUGACUGCUGUUUGGAAUCAGAAUCGUUCGUUGGGCUAUCGCGCGCGUUAACAGCAGCUGUAGAAGCAGGGCUGGGAUAGUGACAACAUAAAAAUACUUCAAAAGUGAGCCCCUUUCAGCCCUAUUUCUAGAGCAAGUUCGAAGCUGGUAGGUGCGAACUUUUAAAAAGAAAAUGACUUUGCUCGCACAGUGUGGACGUUGUAGUCCACGCUACAUCUAGUAAACCCUUCAGGCUUUUCCUCAUGCCUCCAAAUUUUCCUUUAGCCGUACAGACAGCAUCUAAUCAAUAUCGGGCCCAAUGCGCUGUUCACACAAGUUUCACAUAUCGUUUCUACCGUUCAUGUUGCCGAUUUGUAGCAAAUCCUCCAGUGGUUUUCUUUCUGACUUGACAUGCAAGCUCGCUGAUAUCGUCUGCAAUAGCGGUGGCACAGAAAUGCACUGUCUGUUCACCUUCUGUGAGAAGUUAGUUUGCACUAAUCGACCUCAGAUCGACCUCAGUGAUAAGCGAUUCUCUUCAUGUACUUGGCUUAUCUUUGGACCGCUCAAAGGACUUUGACAUGAAGACUACAUUAUCAUGACUGGUAACUGACUAGCUGAACUUGAAAUAACAAGACUUUCCUACAGGAGUAGUUGACCAAUCCUCGCGAAAAGAAGCAGUAAUUAGGUUGAAUUGUACAAUGAGUUGAACGCGUACACUCUUGUAUCAACGAGCAGGUUUGAUUUGCAACCCUUCUGAAUUAAUUACUUUUGUACCUUACGUGCGAAAACCAAUUAGAGCUUUCCAUACCAGUGAGUACAGAUCACUUGAUGAACUGUUGACGGACAACUGUAUGCACAUUUUCACAGCGACAAUAGUGCUAAUCACCUUUUAAAUUUUGUGAUCACAUACAAAAUAUAAUUACGUUAUAAGUAAACCAGUUAAUAAACCAAGGCAGGCAGAAGAAAGAAGAGAG